ACGAGUUAUGAAAAGAUUAUUGAAUUAUUGAACCUCAGUUAAUUUGUAAAUCCGGGCUGUUCACGGUCUGCAAGAUACUUGAUCGGGCUUGCGCAGCUGUUUAUCUACUUUUAAUUGUUUGUAUCUAAUUCAACGAGAAAACGAAGAUUCCUUGAUCUGCCAUGUCUUCUUCAAUGGUCGAUUUGACUUGAUAUGUUGUCCUGUUGAAAUAUGUGAAUUGUGCCUGUUGGUUGUUUUUUCGUCGAAGUUUUGAUCAGACGCACUCUUUAAAAUGACUAAAUUGUUGUUUACUAGUCAGUUGUUCCUCAGUGUUGUGCUGUUUUAUGUUGUUCAGUUCACCGUAUGUUCGGACGAAGAUAGUGAUUCCGCAAUUAUCUUUGAAUCUUCCCAUCCGCACCCUCCUUCAGUAAGGGAGAUUGACGCUAGAGCGGUAUCAGGUUCUGGAUAUGCCCCAUGUCGAACAGAAGAGGGUUCCGGAAAAUGCGUAGAAAUCAUAAACUGCCCCCCUGCCAUCAAAGCUGUUCGAACACAGAAGAAACACAAUUUGAGAAGAUGCGGCUGGCAUGGAAAAAUAGAAGUUCUAUGUUGCCCGAACGAAUUCAUCGUAGACUUUUCAACAGAAUCUCCCAAUACGUGGUUCAGGAACACCAGCGAACCAUCGAAUCGUGUCAAGUCGAGCACUGAACCUCAUCCAACGGAUUCUCAUACGAGGAUCAAAAACAGAAAGUGUGCACAGGUGUGCGAAGAGUAUUCGAAUGAAAUAAAGCCAGAUCUUGCUUUUCAUAUCAUAGAAGGUGAAGAUGCAGAAUUGAAGGAAUUUCCACACAUGGUAGCCUUGGGUUACAACUCAGACACCAUCGGACAGAUAAAAUGGGGUUGCGGAGGUUCUUUGAUAUCUAGACAGUACGUACUGACAGCUGCCCAUUGCAUUGUUAAUGCUGAUCAGAACCCACCUGUCAAGGCCAGGAUGGGCAUAAUCAAGCUGGACGAUAACUCCUCGUCAACCCCCAAACCUCAGGACUACGAUAUUGUGAACAUCACAAUCCACCCCAAUUAUAAGAAAUGGGAGAAAUUGAACGAUUUGGCCCUUGUCGAGUUGAAUGAAAGGGUGACUUAUACGGACUACGUUCACCCUGCUUGCUUGUAUGACAAAGAUGACGAUCCAGUUGGCAUGGUUGUUACAGGUUGGGGAGAUACAGAAAUGGCUGGAGAAGGUAGCAACAUACUACAGAAAGCUAAACUCACUGCUGUCCCUCUUCAAAAAUGCAACGUGACAUAUUUGACCAGAGCUAGUAAAUACCUUUUGAGUACACAAAUAUGUGCAUCAGACAACAAGAGUGAUACAUGUCAGGGGGACUCUGGUGGACCUCUUCAAGUUCAAAACAUUGCUAAUAGCAGUGUCUACAGCAUCGUAGGUAUCACAUCUUAUGGCAUUGGUUGUGGCAGUAAAUAUCCAGGAAUUUAUACCAGGGUUUCGAGCUACCUCGACUGGAUUGAGGAAAUAGUUUGGGCAAAUUCGUGAUCACGUGAUAAGUGCGAAAAAGUGAAGAAAGAACAAUGAUUAUUCUCAUUGUUAUGUGCCAAUGUAAAGAUAAUGUUUCGGUGGUUACUGAAUGAAUGAACAAUUUUAUUUAAAUAGGAAGUAAAACAUAAAAUAAUAGAGUGUU